UCAGUAAACAUAUUGAUAAACUAUACAGCUGUAAAUACUUUCCAGAAAUGUGUCUUUAAUUCAACGAAUUCAGGCUCCAUUGACUGAAUUACAGAAACUAGCCCGUAGUAUGGACCUGCUGUGUGUCCACCACACUUAGCCCAUCAUUUUUACAUUUCAUAGUAAUAUUUGGACUCGAUAGAGCAGCAAAGCAUGCGGGCAGCUAUUUGUCUGCACUGAGUAGGAGCUGUUCAAAGGCAUUCUGUUUCCUCAGGUAGACCCGUCCCUCUGUCCCUCCUCGGGACUCCUCCCCUGCAUAUAUAGUCCUCCCCUCCUGCUCUGCCUCAGACCAACGUUUAGAGCUGAGUGCGAGGCAGAGUGAGGAGGGAGCCCCAUGCCAGAAAAAGCCAAACAGGGGGAAGGUGUAUCUGUUCCGUCUUUUUACGUGCUUAUAACUCUUGAUUUUCUGCCACCUUUUUUCUCUCUGGUGUGGAUUACUUGAAGCCAACUCGUGAGGAUUAAAAGGAUUCUGUGUUUCUACUGAAAGAUAUGGUGGCUUACGAUGAAGUGGGUAGCUUGGUGCCUAUCAAACGGACUCUGCAAGUGACAGACUGCCAGAACCAGGCCAACAAGGACUUAGAGGAACCCAGCAACAAGCGCGUCCGUUCUCUCGGCAGGGUGACGUCGCUAGCCAACCUCAUUUCUCCGGUAAAGAAUGGGGCCGUCCGGCGCUUCGGCCAAACCAUCCAGGCCUCUUUCCGGGGCGAUGGCAAGUUGCCGGGCGUGCCCCAGAAGCCUUGCAGCAAGGCAGCGGCCCCCACACCACCUAAAAGGAGGAACAGCACCUUAUGGUCCGAGACAUUAGACAUCCACCAGAAAGGAACUUUCUCCACCAAAGAGAUCAAGCGGCAAGAGGCCAUAUUUGAGCUGUUUCGUGGAGAACAGGAUCUGAUUGAGGACCUGCAGCUUGCACGCAAGGCGUACCACGACCCGAUGCUGAAGCUGUCCAUCAUGUCGGAGGAGGAGCUUACUCACAUUUUCGGCAACUUGGAUGCCUACAUCCCACUGCACGAGGACCUUCUGGCGCAGCUCUCCAAAGCCACGGGGCCAGACGGGACCGUGGGCCAGAUUGGGCAAAUUGUUAUUAGCUGGCUGCCCAGGCUCAAUGCCUACAAAGACUACUGCAGUAACCAGCUGGCAGCCAAGGCGCUGCUGGACCAGAAGAAGCAAGACCCACGUGUGCAGGACUUCCUGCAGCGGUGCCUCGAGUCACCGUUUAGUCGGAAACUGGACCUGUGGAGCUUCCUGGACAUUCCCAGAUCCCGCCUGGUCAAGUACCCCCUACUGCUCAAGGAAAUCCUGAGACACACUCCAGCAGAACACCCCGAUGCUGCCAGCCUGCAGGAAGCUAUCACUGUCAUCCAGGGAGUUUUGUCUGGCAUCAACAAGAAGAAGGGGGAGUCCGAGUGCCAGUACUACAUCGACAAGCUGGAGUAUCUGGACGACAGGCAGAGGGACGCUCGCAUCGAACGGUGCAAGAGUCUUCUGUGUCACGGGGAGCUGCGCAACAAGAGCGGCACGAAGCUGCACGUGUUCCUGUUCACCGACCUGCUGAUCCUGACCCGCCCCGUCACCAGGAACGAGCGCCAGUGCUUCCAGGUGUACCGGCAGCCAAUCGCAGUGCAGGAUCUGGUGCUGGAGGACCUGCAAGAUGGCGAUGUCAGAAUGGGCGGCUCUUUCAGAGGAGCCUUCAGCAAUGCAGACAAAGCCAAGAACAUUUUCCGGGUACGUUCCCAAGACCCGAGCCAGGCACAGUCACACACUCUGCAGGUCAACGACGUCUUCCACAAGCAGCAGUGGCUCAACUGCCUCCGUAGUGCCAUUGCCGUCCACCGGCCUCUGAGCGAGCCCUCCAGCCCCAGCCCGCCUACAGGCAGCGUCCGUUCCAAGCGCCGCCCUUCCUCCGUUUCUGCCAUCAUCCACAUGGAGGAAGCAGACGAGAACUACCCGCAGCCAGGCUCUCAGUCGGCCCCCGCCUCACUGUGCAACAGCCCCACCACGGCGUCCCCUUCGCCUCGCUCCCCGUCGUCGUCCACGACGUCCGUGUCAUCGACGUCAUCCUCACCCACGACACAUAAAACCAAAAAGGACAAGAAGGCUCUGUGUUCUUUAGGGAAGAGAAAAGAGACGAUGGUGUGAGGUGGAGCGUUGGUAGAGAACGUGGAUGGACCUCUUUGUUUUUCCUGUACAUAAAACAGCACAGCACAUUUAUGAGUGUCUGCGUGUUAUUACAGCAGUGUUCUGUUACUGUCCUCCUUGGCAGCUAUUUACCUUACUCCUCCAUCCAAGUGCAUCCCAUAGAGACACAGUAUUCUGGAGGGGGGUGCACGUGGUUCAGCUCUAAAAGGGAAGCAUGACAAGAAGUAAACCCACGGUUCACACUCGGUGUGGCCAGUUUGCUGAGUUCUUGAAGAAAGAGUUGGUGCAUCAGAUCCUGUUUACUAUAAAGUUCAUAUUUAAACAUUCUUUUAGACCUUUCUUUGGGGGAUAAUACAUUUUAUAUUUUCAAAUCUAUCCUAGUAUUGUUUUAGGUAUUGUAAAGCAGCAGAGUUUUAGCUGUUAGGGGCAGGUUUUUGAACAUUUGCCGAUGUCAAGGUGAAAGACAAAAAGCCGACCCCUAAAAAGGUGAGGUGUACCACACAAACAGAUUUCUGUCAUAGUUGGGUUUUUAGACUGAGCAGAAGAUGUCUUAUUUUUAUACAUUCCUUAAAUAACAGAUGCUAGAAGCCAGACAUUAUUUUAUUUUAUUUACUACAGAGGCAUUAAUUUAAUUCCAGAACAGAUGAUAUGUCAGCAAAAAACCGUGAUGAACUCAUAUCGCAGACGAGAUGAUGAGUUUUGUUUAAGACAACAUUUUGAACUGAGCCACGUUGGUUUCUUAAAAAGCUGAUGCCUGAGAAUGAGGCGGAUCACUUUUCAGUGUAGGAUCUUGCAUGGAGCUUUAGUUGUGGACGCCGCUUGCACCUGAAGAGGCGGCAUGAUGUAUGCAACUGUCCCGAAGGACGGGACUGAGCGACGAUGAAAGUUGUUGAAGGCAGAAGAGAACAAAGACGAGAACGUUUAGGAAGUGAAACGCUCAGUGUGACAUGUGUAACUCCCGUCAUCUGCUCAGGUGGAUGGGGAAUGUUGCUCAUGGAUGGAAAGAAAUGAAAGGAAACUGUACGUAGGGGAAGGCAGAUGAGGAAGGAUUGGGAAAGUGACUACAGGAUUUGGUUGGUUGUUGAGAUGAAAACGAGUGAAACGGCAAUUUGAUGUAAUUAAAAGAACAAUAAAGAUCUGUGUAAGAUUUGCAACUGAA